AUGAAUGACCUCCAACAUGCCCCGUCUAGUCGCGGGGCUCCGCAUGUGGAGGCCAGUGCGAACACCGGAUCUUCAACGUCACGAGCGCCAGGAGUCCCAACUCGCGCGGAACAAAUCCAGGUUCCUCGGUCCCCUCAACCAUUAUCACUGCAUAUUGAUGGGUUGAAUGCCCAUGUACACGACAAGACCAGUGCCUUUCCACAAUAUGUUGAGUCAUCGGAACGCGAUAGCGAUACAUCUGCUGAUGCUCGUCGACCGGAGCCACAAUCCGCGGGCACUUUCGCAGACUCAUUGUCCAGUCUUCCCUCCUCUUCGAUGAACGAUUCCAGUCAAUCUAUUAAAAUCGAAAACUCUCAGUCUUCCACCGAUGAUACACAAACCCCAAAGACAUACUCGGACUCUCAAGACCAAUCAUCUGUCUAUGGAAAUGGGUCAACAGACGGCUAUACUUCGGAGAGAAAAAGUAAUGGCUCCAGGUCUCCGCCGCAGUCACCAAAUCAUUCGGCUUCACGGUCAGCAAAUGGAGUACACUUUGCUCCGGGACACAAGAGGACGGCAACUGGAGAUGUCAAAUCCAUAUCGAGUCUUGCGGAACCUCAAACCGCCCAAGCGGUCCUUCGGCGGCGCUCAAAGAGCACAGGCUCACCGGCUCAUGGAAACAGAAUCGCACAGCUAUCUGUCCACAUCCGUACUCGACUAUCAUAUGCUGCCGCCAAGAUUGAAAAGUCUCGACAGGCGCGUGACAAUAAUACCCAACUUGCGAUCCAAGGAUUGGAGAGUCUGUCAUCGGCAAGCCCACCAACACCAAAUGGUACAAUGCAAGGCAUGACCCCCACAUCUCAUCCACAACCUUCAUCAUCAACACCUACGCCCCGCGAUUUCCCCUCACAUCAUCGUUCUCAUUCAGCCAUCUCAUCUGGCAAACUUCUUCAAAUUCCCAAACUAGCGCCUCCAGUCGAUAUCAUAUCAUCCGCCGGGGAUACGCGCCGGCGUAGACCUAAUCCAAAUGCAACUACAAAACCAUAUGAGCGCAGUCCUUAUGCCCGUCAUCAUCGACGGCACCAUUCAGUCCAGGAACCUUCCCUAACCAAGACGUUGGGGUCGCCUCCAGUGUUGGGACCAGGAACUCCGCAUGUUCCCCCUUCUGCACGCAUGCCGCUAUCAGCGCAGCACGAGGUUUAUAGAUCUCGCACUCAUUCUCAAAGCACAGCGAUGGAACAAGACGCAAUUGAGACACUCAUGUUCAUGUCCAGCCCAGAGAACUCCGGGUAUCGUGCUAGUCCACGCCCUUUACAGCCGCCUGCUUCGCAAAUCAGCUUAAAUGAGUCAAUCCACUCGCUCUCGAACGGCAACGCAAGUGAUUAUCAUAGCCAAAGCUCAUUGAGCGAGAAGUCCCAUAAUGGUCGCAGCUUUGAGUUAAGGCCCUCGGGAUUUGGACUAGAAUCUCACGCAGGAGACGAAAUUGAUCGUAUCUUGGAUCAAAUGGAAAGUGAUAGUGAGGAUGAUGAGCGGUAUGCCUCGCACCGCCCUCAACCUCGUGUACAGGCUUCCCGAGGGUCUCAUGUGCACCCCAGGUAA